UUCUGGGAGCCGGCUUAGGAUCUGAGGAAGGGGCGCUGGAGGCCGCCAUCUUGGGCUCUUUGGCUGCUCGCCGCGGACGGGCUGGAGGCGGAGAGUCCACACUGUGCUGUCCGCAGCCGAGGUCACCGCAGGAGACUACAAGGAAGGGCUCGGGAGAGCCCCGCGUGGAUGGAUUCAAUGGCUAGUCCUGGGAAGGAUAACUACAGAAUGAAAAGUUACAAGAACAAAGCCUUAAAUCCCCAAGAGAUGCGAAGGCGAAGAGAAGAAGAAGGAAUACAACUUCGAAAGCAAAAAAGGGAAGAACAGUUGUUCAAACGUAGAAAUGUCUCUUUGCCCAGAAGUGAGGACUGUAUGCUAGAGAGUCCCAUCCAGGACCCAGACAUCAGUUCUACGGUACCCAUUCCAGAGGAAGACGUGAUCACGGCAGAUAUGAUUCAGAUGAUUUUUUCUAAUAACGCUGAACAGCAGCUGACUGCAACACAGAAAUUUAGAAAACUGCUUUCUAAAGAACCCAAUCCACCAAUAGAUCAAGUUAUACAGAAACCAGGAGUUGUACAGAGAUUUGUGAAAUUUCUUGAAAGAAAUGAAAAUUGUACUUUACAAUUUGAAGCUGCCUGGGCAUUAACUAAUAUAGCAUCUGGAACUUUUCUGCAUACCAAGGUAGUGAUCGAAACCGGGGCUGUUCCAAUUUUUAUCAAACUUCUCACUUCAGAACAUGAAGAUGUACAGGAACAGGCUGUUUGGGCACUUGGAAACAUUGCCGGUGACAAUGCAGAAUGUAGGGAUUUUGUUUUGAAUUGUGAAAUACUUCCACCUCUUUUAGAGUUAUUAACAAAUUCAAACAGACUUACAACCACCAGAAAUGCUGUAUGGGCCCUCUCAAAUUUAUGUAGAGGCAAAAACCCUCCUCCAAAUUUUAGUAAGGUUUCACCUUGCUUAAAUGUCUUGUCACGGUUGUUGUUUAGCAGUGAUCCAGAUGUGUUAGCAGACGUGUGCUGGGCCCUUUCUUACCUCUCUGAUGGACCCAAUGACAAAAUUCAAGUAGUCAUUGAUUCUGGAGUCUGCCGAAGAUUGGUGGAACUUUUGAUGCACAAUGACUAUAAAGUUGUAUCACCUGCAUUAAGAGCAGUUGGUAAUAUUGUAACUGGUGAUGAUAUUCAAACACAGGUCAUUUUGAAUUGUUCUGCAUUGCCCUGCCUUUUACAUUUGUUGGGUAGUCUAAAGGAGUCAAUUAGAAAGGAAGCCUGCUGGACAGUUUCUAACAUCACUGCAGGAAACAGGGUACAGAUCCAGGCUGUCAUAGAUGCAAGUAUUUUCCCUGUUUUGAUUGAGGUGCUCCAAAAAGCAGAAUUUCGUACCAGAAAAGAAGCAGCAUGGGCUAUAACCAAUGCCACAUCGGGAGGCACUCCAGAGCAAAUAAGGUAUUUGGUAACCUUGGGCUGCAUUAAACCACUUUGUGACCUUUUGACUGUCAUGGACUCCAAAAUAGUUCAAGUGGCUUUGAAUGGACUUGAAAAUAUUUUACGUCUUGGAGAGCAAGAAUCUAAGCAGAGUGGAGUGGGCAUCAAUCCAUACUGUGCUCUCAUUGAGGAAGCAUAUGGCUUGGAUAAAAUAGAGUUUCUGCAAAGUCAUGAAAACCAGGAAAUUUACCAGAAGGCAUUUGAUCUAAUUGAACACUAUUUUGGUGUGGAAGACGAUGAUCCCAGUAUUGUACCUCAGGUGGAUGAAAACCAACAACAGUUUGUAUUUCAGCAGCAGGAGGCACCAAUGGAAGGGUUUCAGCUCUAACAGAUGGUGGGGAAAGUGACUGACAGAAAUGACUAACUUCUGAUAGCUCUUCAACAUGACCAGUACUGGUAGAAAGGUUUUUAUACAAUACAGGAAAGAGAAAAUUAGAUGCACUUUUAAAAGCAAAUAUGAAACAAAAAUUUCCAUUCAGAUGCACUGUUUCCUUAUAGAUUUUCUAUUUGUUGUUUUAGUUAUUUGUUUUGAUGUAGCUGUAUUUGUCUUCUGUUGUUUGGAUUUUUGUGUCUAGUUGUGAAUAUACAUUAUGCAAAAUUUCAUUCAAGCCUGAAAAGGAGAACUUGGUGAAUAUUACAUAAUGAUUCUGAACUUUUCAGGUGUUCUUGACUGCACAAUAGCAGUGCUGUGAAUAUUGAUAAUUGCAUUUUGUCAAUAAGGCUGACAAUGCCCAGUCUUUACUGAAUCUACCUCUGUCUUGAAGCAAAUGUAAAAACAAAAAGCUUCAGAAGCAUGAACUCAUGGAAGAGCUGAAUUAGAGUGUGAUAAUCUUUAUUACUUUAGAUUAUAAAUCACUGUGCUGUAGGUUAUACUUUACAAACAAUUGCAACAGAAAACUUAAAAAAGUUUUUAUGAAACUGACGUCUUGAUGGAUAAAAUAUGGCAGUUAUGAAGAGAGAAGCUGUUCAUGUUGAUCACAGUAUAAACCUAUAAAAACAAUUGUCUGUGUUGUUCACAUAAAAUAUUAUUAUUCUAGUGUAUCUUAUAUUUUAUCCCAAGAUGCUACCCUCUUUGGAAUAGUAUUUAUUUUCACUCUUUACUUUAAAGAUCAUGACGGAGAUAUGAUCAUGAAUCUAAAGUAGUGCUACAUACUGAAAGCUAAUUAUUUCCUCUGAUUUUUCAGAAGAUCUUGAAACAUUUUAUUCUUUGUAUAAUAAUGAACUGGAGUACUUGAAUGACAAAAAUAUCCUGGAGAAAUCACCUCAUGUAUUAAAUGCAUCUAAUGUUUUGACUAAAUGAGUGAUGCUAAUGAAAACUGCUAAGGAUUAUUUAAUGUGUAGAAGUCUGUAUUAGGAAUCUUCAUUUCAGUGAUGCACAGCCCAUCAUACUGCUGCUGAUUAUGAACUAAGUGGUAGAUGGCCUUUGCAUCAGAUUGGUCAGUCUCAUUUAUGCUUUAUGAGUUAACAGCAAAAAGUCUCUUGAAAUAUGAAAGUCUAAAAGUUUUGAUAGAAAAUUUAUAUUUAUUUACAUAUGUGUGUGUUAUUCCCAUAGAACUGUGCUUGUAGAAUUUUCUAAACAGAUGUGGUAUUGUUGAACUCAAUUUUUUUUAUUUAUAGCUAUAUACAGGUUAUGUGUGUGUGUAUAUAUAUAUAUAUUCAGUUAUAUACUUAAGAAUACUUAUGUAAAACCUAAACUACAACUCUUGUAAAAUGGGAACUAAAACAAUUUUGAUAUGAUUCAUAGAUUCUGUAAAGAAAGAUUCAUUUAUGAUAGCAUUUUUAAUGUUUCUGCUGGGAAUCAGAGGCAUGUGAUAUAAGGAAAGUAUAUAUAGGAGUACUUUUAAAUAGUAGGGCACUCUGUAAACUAUGUAUCAUGAAUCUUAAGUUUUUGGCAAGAAACCUAAACCCCACAACCAUGAAAUCUAGGUCUAAACGGUUUCCGUAGUGCUGACUGCAUCUGUCAGUCCUUUUAUACCAUUACGUAGAGAAUUGUGUCUGCUCUUUUUAUUAUAAUGGAAGUUAUAGAAUUAAGUAUAAAAACUUUUCCUUUUAUGUCAUGUACAUUCAAAGAAACAGGGUAGGCAUAUAAAAAUUACCAAAUUGAUGGGUGAAUUUAUCAAAUAAACAUUGUUUUAUGGUGCUGGUGUUUCUAAGUAUAAGAUGACAGGGUAUUUGACUAUUUGUAAUCAGUUGUUGAUCAGCAUAAUUCAAACUUAGCCAGCUGUGCCUGCUUUGAGGAUGCAGUUGCCACUAUAGCAAGCCUCUAAGCCAAACCUUCCAAAAAAUAGUUCUUAUAGAAGAAAUUAUAUAUGUGUGUGUGUAUAUAUAAAUAACAUAUGUGUGUAUGUGGUUAUGCAUGCAUAUAUGUGUGUAUAUAUAUAUGUAUAUAUAUACAUACAUUCAUACAUAUAUACAUACAUACAUACAUGCAAUGUUUGCAGGCACAUAGGAUCAGUGGCCUAUCAAAGGAGAUUUUAGAACUUAACAGUGGGACAAAUGUUGAAUUUCUAAGUGCAGAAAUUGGUCAUACUCGGAAUAUUUAAUGUCUUGGAAUAUAGAUUUGAAUGCAAAAGGCCACUUUAAAUUCGAGCUCCUUUCUGUUGGACGAAGAGUUUAAAAUGCUCCAACAUUUGUUUUUGUCAUCAUCGUCCCUAUGACACAACUAAAUAAGUUGCUUUUCCAAGAUUUGUGAUACUUAUAUGAGAUAGAAACCAUGCCAAAUAAAAUAAAUGGAUGACACUAAUGCAAAUACCAAGAACAGUCCCUGAGUCUAUUUAACUAAAUUUAAUUUGUAUUUACUUGAACUUGAAUUUCUACUGAUUGAACUAUGCAAUCAUGCUUAUUGUUUUAUAAAUACUUGAUACACUGGUCUAAGUUUUUCUUGGGUUGUUUUUCUGUAUUGUAAGUUUUAAUUUGAAAGAUUUGUCUAACCUAAUUUUUAGUGUUCUAACUUUUAGUGUCAUCUGUCAUUUACUGGUAGCAUCAGAACAAGGUAUUUUGGUUUUUGUUUUUAAAGUAAAUCUGCUGGCACAGAAAUAGCUUUUCAUUUGGUUUCUAUAACCUGUUUGCUGUUAAAGAUGGACUCACAGGGUAAAGAACUAAAAAAGUAUUUACCUCUGCUUUGGUAGAUUUUUUUUUAGUUCUUUAUAAAGGAGUAUUACAGAAAAAGUAAACAUAAAAAUGUCUUUGUGGAUUCUGUUAGUGUUGUAAAUUCAGCAAUCUACUGGUUGUAUAAUUGUGAUACUGUGAAGUAAAAUGAACUCCUGUUCUUUUCAGUACAUAGCAAGCACUGCAGCUUUCUGAAAGGUGGCAGACAUGCUGUUAGAAGCCAAUAAUAAACGCUGUUGUCUCCCGUCAUGAGACAGGACCAGAUGAGGCAAGAUGAAGCGAUUCUCAUGUAACUAAAUAAACACAUUUGAGCUUUAUGCAAGAUUAUGAAAUGUUACAAUCUACUAAACACAAUAAAGUACUACUUUACAAUUGCA